GUCGGUUCCGCUUCUGGGUUUCUUCCCCGUGCAAUUUCCAUUUCCGUUUUACAUUCCCGCAACAAUUAGGGUUUUUGCUCAAACCCUACAAAAAAUCCUACAAAAAUCAAUUCUCCCCCCUCCGAUUUCAGCUUCAAUCCCUAAACAAUGGCGGAGCACUUGGCGUCCAUCUUCGGCACCGAGAAAGAUCGCGUCAACUGCCCAUUCUACUUCAAGAUCGGCGCCUGCCGCCACGGCGACCGGUGCUCUCGCCUCCACAACCGCCCCACCAUAUCUCCGACGCUCCUCCUCUCCAACAUGUACCAGCGCCCCGACAUGAUCACACCAGGCGUCGACGCGCAGGGGCAGCCGAUCGAUCCGGACAAGAUCCAGGAGCACUUCGAGGAUUUCUUCGAGGACAUCUUCGAGGAGCUCAGGAAAUUCGGCGAGAUCGAGAGCCUCAACGUCUGCGACAACCUCGCCGACCACAUGAUCGGAAACGUCUACGCUCAGUUCAAGGAGGAGGACGAGGCCGCCGCCGCCCUGAACGCCCUCCAGGGGAGGUUCUAUUCUGGCCGCCCCAUCAUUGCCGACUUCUCCCCCGUCACCGACUUCCGCGAGGCCACCUGCCGCCAGUACGAGGAGAACAGCUGCAAUCGCGGCGGCUAUUGCAAUUUCAUGCAUGUCAAGAUGAUCGGGAAGGAACUCCGGCGGAAGCUGUUUGGUAAGCACAACACCGGUAAGUACUGGGGCACUAGGAGCCGCAGCAGAAGCGCAAGCCCGUCGCACCAUCACCAACGACGGGAUAAGGAGAGGGAUAGAGAUAUAGAUAGGGAUAGGGAUAGGGAUAGGGAUAGAGAUAGAGAUAUGGAUAGGGAUAGGGUUUAUGACAGGAGAGACCACCGUUGCGGUGGCGGUGGAAGGAGGCGUGGAGGUGAUAGAUACGGAGGAAGGUAUGAGAGCGAAAGGAGAAAGCGCGGAGGGAGUCCGAGGAGGAGCAGGAGUCCGGUGAGGGAAGGGAGCGAGGAACGAAGAGCUAGAAUCGAGCAGUGGAAUAGGGAGAGGGAGGAGAAGGGGCAGUGAUGCCUUUCAAACCGUGUUUGCUCUGUUUAUUUAUCGCCGUUUCGGCAUUGAUUUAGUAUAGAAUGCUUCUAGAAAGUGCAUUUGUACCAAUAGGCGAUAAAACUUCUGGACCGCGUUUCGUUUUCUGUGGGGAUCGAGGGUUUAGCUAGUGUGACUGUGCAUUCUAUUUUGUUAUGCAUUGUUUCAAAAUGGUGGCUAGUGUUUUAGGUUUUUUUUUUUUUUUUUUUUUUCUUCUUCUUCUUUUUAAUUUAUUGCUUAUGUGUAUGUAGUUGUUUUUAUGCUCUGCUUCUUCUUCUAUGUAACUUUGUCAUUGUUUUCGGAAGUGAACUGUUGUACUUGCAUUUUGUCUUGGUUAUCUAUUUGCUUACGAAUUUUC